AUGUCCCACCAGCGUCAUCCCUCCCUCUCACAAACACAACCACAACCCCGCGCCUCCUCCCGCACGCGCUCGCGCUCACCCAUUUCCCGCCCCACCACUCCGCUCCGCCCGUCAAGUCGCACGUCCUUCCGCGCCUCAUCCACUGGCGACCCCAACAAUCAGCAUGGCUACUCCGCCACCCCUCUAGACUCCCUCGAGCCUCAAUUCGCCGAACUAGCAGACAGUAUGGCCGAUCUCGAAGCCAACUUCAUGCACCUACAGCUCAUGCACGAGUCCCUUGCCCGCUUCGGCGAAAGCUUCGCGGCAUUCCUCUAUGGACUGAACAUGAACGCGUUCGUGGUGGACUUCCCGGAAGCGCCGGUCGCGGAGAGUAUCAAGCGGUGGCAGAAGAGGGAAAGGGAGCAGAGACGACGGGAUGGACUGUUGGGGGACGAGACUACUGUGCUGGGUGGAGGCGGGCGUGUAGGCGACGAGACUACAUUGGCGACGGGGGAUACGAGCUAUGCGAGUAUGAAGCAGACUCCUAGAAGGAAGAGCAUGGCGCCGCUUGGGGGCCCAAGGGAGACGCCGGCUACGGCGAGCACGAAUACGAGUAGUGUUAUUGGUGGCGGUGGUGGGAGGUCGGGCAUCCCUGCUGCAAGAGGGAGCCGAGGGCGUGGUGCUGGGAGGGCUGGUGCUGCAAGUGGGCUGCCGAGGGGAAGGGGUAGGGGUGUGAAGUGA